AUUAGGAAGCACACGGGAAGAGAACAAGUCACCAGCUGCAAUUAAAACAUAUCCUUCCCUGGAAAAGAGGUUUAUGGACUAACCCAAGAGCCUCUCAAGCGAAAAUAUUUCAGGAGGACAGAGAUCCAGGGUCCACAUUUUCUGUUUUCUCUUCUGUGGCAAAUACUUGGCUGAAUAGAGAUGGGCUGGAACAGCAGCACUUCCAUUGGUUUUGUGUUCAUCCUGGCUUUUCUAUUCAUUUCGAAAACAUUAAGUUUCUGGAAUAGCAGCACUUCCAUUGUUUUAGUGUCUAUCCUGGCUUUUCUCUCCAUUUUGAAAACAGCAGGUUUCUGGAACAGCAACCGAGGACAGAAUUUUCCUCCAGGUCCAAGACCAUUACCUAUAAUUGGAAACCUUCUUUUGUUUGACUUGAAGAGACCCUACAGGACUUAUCUACAGCUGUCCAAAAAAUAUGGUCCAGUCUUCAGUGUUCAGCUGGGGCACAGGAAAAUUGUAGUGAUUUCUGGCUAUGAGACAGUGAAGGAAGCUCUGGUAAACCAGGCAGAUGCAUUUUCAGAGAGACCUAAAAUCCCACUCUUUGAAGAUUUGACCAAUGGAAAUGGGGUUAUUUUUGCUCAUGGAGAAAACUGGAAGGUGAUGAGAAGAUUUGCCCUCACAACCUUGCGAGACUUUGGGAUGGGCAAAAAGGCCAUUGAGGAUCGGAUUGUGGAGGAGUACGGGCACCUGGCAGACACCAUCGCCUCGCACCAGGGAAAUCCCGUCGAUUUCAGCAAAAUAAUUAAUGCAGCAGUUGCUAAUAUAAUUGUGUCAAUAUUGCUUGGAAAACGAUUUGACUACAAAGACUCCAGAUUUAUAAGACUUGUAAAUCUGACCAAUGAAAACAUGAGGCUUGCUGGGAAACCUGUGGUUACGGUGUACAAUAUCUUCCCAUACCUUGGAUUCCUCCUAAGGGCAAACAAGGCUAUCCUCCGAAACAGAGAUGAAUUCCAUGCUUUUUUACGAGUUACUUUUGUAGAGUACCUCAAAAACCUGGACAAAAAUGAUCAAAGAAGUUUUAUUGAUGCUUUCCUGGUUAAACAGCAGGAGGAGAAGUCCACUACCAAUGGGUAUUUCCAUAAUGACAAUUUGAUAAGCCUGGUGAGCAAUUUGUUUACUGCUGGUGUUGAGACAAUUUCCACCACGCUGAACUGGGGCUUUCUGCUGAUGCUAAAGUACCCUGAAAUCCAGAAAAAGGUGCAAGAAGAGAUAGAGCAAGUGAUAGGGUCCAACCCGCCGCGGAUCGAGCACCGAGCUCAGAUGCCAUACACAGAUGCUGUCAUCCAUGAAAUUCAGAGGUACGCCAAUAUCCUGCCACUGAAUCUGCCCCAUGAGACUGCUGCAGAUGUUACCCUCAAGGGCUAUUUCAUUCCCAAGGGAACCUACAUCAUCCCUUUACUGACCACAGUCCUGAAAGACCAUUCGCAGUGGGAGAAACCAGACAUGUUCUACCCUGAGCACUUCCUCGAUGCCAAUGGGAAAUUUGUGAAGAAAGAUGCUUUCUUGCCUUUUUCAGCAGGGCGGAGGAUCUGUGCUGGGGAAACUCUUGCCAAAAUGGAGCUUUUCCUCUUCUUCACCAGUCUCAUGCAAAGGUUCAACUUCCACCCUCCACCUGGAGUUUCCAAGUCAGACCUGGACCUCAGCCCCGCCAUUUCAUUUAAUAUCAUCCCCAAGCCCUAUAAAAUGUGUGCUGUAGCACGUUCCUAGAGCUCUACUUCAUUGUGCUUCUAAAAUGUUUAAAUCAUUUUUCCAUGACAUCUGUUUCCUUAAUUCUUUGACCAAAAUAAUCCACAUUUCAAUUAAGGUUUCCAGUACUUCUAAACCAAUGUGGUGUUCUUUUUUUAUUUACUGGGAGAGGGCAGAAAUGGACCAGAAGUGUGAAGUAAUUGAUGGCUCAUGGAUUAAUCUCUUAGAUCACCUAAUCUUGGCUAAAUAUUACAGACCGUCAGCUUUCUUAUUCUUGCUGCUAUUUUCACUGAGUGUUUGUUGAAAGCACAUCCCAAAAAAUGCUCAGAAGUCCAGGUUUUUCCCAAAAGACAUGUGGACCACGAAGCUGUGCUUAGGUUGCAAAAGGAGAGAAAUGUGGGAUGUUCAGGCUGUCAGAACAGAAGGGCUGUUUGACCUUGGCAGUCAGCUGGGUUUGAAGCUGGGCUGGAUAUACUGAUAUUUCUCAGUGCCUCAGCACAGCUUCUUCCCUUGGCUCUUCUCCCUACUUCCAUUGCCACAUGCAAAGAAAUCACAGCUCUGUACUUAUUGUAGAUCACUGCUGAAGAAAAACUUGAAGCCAAGUUGACCUGAAUCCAGAGGAUCAUUAAGAUCUUCCCCAAGUAUUCCUUAAAUGGAUAAACUCAGUAAAUAAAGCAUACACACGGGAAAAUGUCUUCCCUACUUAAAGCCAAGGUUUGUGAAAUUGAAGUUUCAGGAAGUUUCACAAAGCUGUGGUCACAGAUCCACACACAUAGAUCAACAGUGAACAUUCUGGAAGAAGCCUCAAAUCUCAUCAAAACCAGCCAUCUGAUCGUUCUACAACUCUGUCCAAGACUAUCCACUGUCAAGUCGAGCUAAGACCUCCUAAAUGUCUGGAUUUAUGUUCCCUGGUUCAUGCUGCCCUGUUUAUAUGUGCAUAACAACCCCAAAGUAAUAACACCACAGCCAGCCUAUCAAAAAUCACCCAGUGUCAGGGAAAAAAAGUAAUUAUGGCUUGCCUCUGUAACUAUCCAGCACUGUAAUGCAGAAGCUCAUUCUUCAGUUACUAUUUCAACUUCCUUGUGUGGAAGCUGAAUCUGACUCUUACUCACUGCCCUUCUUCACACUUUCUUUUCAAAAUAAAUAA